AUGAGUACCGUCAACAACCCUGGGGCAGGCCCACAAACUGAAAGCAGUAACUUCACCCUCGUGCAGUAUUUGCGACUCUGCACCCCCCGCAAGUUCAUCAGGGUGAAGGUAUACUUGCCACCAACCUGGAGAUGUCGCCUUGAAGUCAAAGUUGGUAUUCUAAAACAGCUGAGGGAAUCACCUCAGCGUCGCUGGGCUCUCCGCGCAAAACAGCAGCAACUGCGUUGCCAGAAGGAGCAGCUGGAGCAGACCGUGCGUGUGCACGUGGCUUUAUUUGAUAGUGUGAUCGUGUGGCAGCUGAACAUCCGCAUUGGUAUCCCUGACAAGCUCAUGCUUCUGUGGGGCGGUGCAGCAGUUUAUCACUUACUGCUUACGCUGUCGUGUAUGACGAGUUCUCUCACUGUACCUCGCAACUGCCCCCGUAAACACGAAUCGACGGUGUACGCAAUCACUUCAGGGGUACCAAACCUGGGCAGCACCUGCAGCACGAUGCAGGGUGCUGCAGCGAUUGAAGUCGCUAGUAUUCAGGUGAAGGAAACAGCGCGGGGAGCUGCGACUUCCACUAGCUUCCCAACUUUAUUCUCGUCUCACAGUCUUUUCUGCCUUGUGCAUGCAUUUCGGGCGCCUACGUCAUGCUGCCAAAGGAGGCCGUCACGCCAUGCCGCCGCACCAGCGGAGAAGCAGGAAACGGCUUCUAAAGGCAGGAGCACUGACAAAAGCAAAACCCCUUGCAACCCAUCUCAAGGCAUCCUCACAGCAGAACCUCCCUGCGAUGCAGCCUCGGAAACGCUGGCGCUGCAGGCGUCUGUAAGAGGCGACAAGGAGGAAGUGGCGGCGGUGGGCGGAGGCGCGGGGUCACGGCCUGGUAAUGUUGAGGUCUGA